UACUUUGAUACUAUUAGCUUAGGGACUGGAGAAUUCAAAGUAAAAGGAAGUGGGGAAAUGUUUGUAUAGCUGAGCUGCAGAGAUUUGCUGAGGGACUGGACAAAUCAAUAUAUGAAGUCAUUAAUUGCCUUGGGAAUGUUUCUGUUUAGCUGAACUGCAGGCAUUUGUAGAGAGCAUUUAUUAAUCAUCUGACAGAAGAUUCCAAGAAUUUGUGGACAGCUUUUGAAAACAGAAGAAAAAGUUGUAGAAACGACAGUGAUUGCCUUAAAUCUAAAAAAAAUUGCAUUUUUCAUUAAAUAAAAGAGAAAUCACAUUACUAGUAAACUAUUUGUUGUGGCGAGAGAUUUGUAUGAAACCUCUUUGUAUUAAUUUACCAGAUAUAGAACACACAUUUUAAAUAUUGUAUAGAUAUCAGGAAAGUGGAGAGAUAAUAACCUCAUAAGCAAAAAUAAUCAGCCUUUUUUAUGAAACUCACACUCACAUUGAAGAGAGCACUUAAUUACAACUGCCGAAGAAAUUGUGACUUUACCAAAAAGGGACAUUUUGUUUGAAAUCAAAGAAUUCUCACUGAAAGACAAACAGAAAAAAGCUGGUAGAUAUUCUGUGAUCAGUAACAUCCAAGAAGAAAUGGAGAACACCAAGAAAGAAGAGCAGUUGGGAGACUAUGAGACAUUUGCUGUUUCUCUAAAAAAUACUUCUGUUCAUAAAAGAAUUCGCAUUAGAAAGAAAGUACACAAAUGUCAGUACUGUGAUGUGACAUUUGCUCAUAAAUCUAAUCGUACUAUCCAUGAAAGAAUUCACACUGGAGAAAAACCAUACAAAUGCCAGUACUGUGAUAAGAGGUUUAUUCAAAAACAAAAUUGUCGUUUUCAUGAAAGAAACCACACUGGAGAGCAACUAUACAAAUGCCAGUAUUGUGAUAAGGCAUUUACUCACAAACUGUCAUGUACCCAUCAUGAAAGAAUUCACACUGGAGAGAAACCAUACAAAUGCCAGUAUUGUGAUCUAGCAUUUCCUCAAAAAGGGAGUUGUGUUGUUCACGAAAAAAUUCACACUGGGGAUAAACCAUACAAGUGUCAGUACUGUGAUAAGGCAUUUACUCAAAAUUAUAUUUGCAGAAGGCAUGAAAAAACUCACAUUGAAGAAAAACAAUAUAAAUGCAAGUACUGUGAUAGGACAUAUCUUCACAGACAAACGUGCAUUGAACAUGAAAGAAUUCACACUGGAGAGAAACCAUUCAAAUGCCAGUACUGCGAUAGGGCAUUUACAAACAAGUCUCUGUGCUCAAGUCAUGAAGUAAUUCAUACUGGAAAAAAAACAUACAAAUGCCAGUACUGUGAUAAGACCUUUGCUCGAAAAAAAGGAUGUAAGGCUCAUGAAGAAAUUCACUCAAGAAAAAAACCAUACAAAUGCCAGUUCUGUGAUAAAAGAUUUACUGCAAAACAUUCUUGCAUUCAUCAUGAAAGAAAUCACACAGGAGAGAAACCAUACAAAUGCCAGUACUGUGAUAAGACAUUUCCUCUAAGACAGCAUUGGAUUAAUCAUGAAAGAAUUCACACAGGAGAGAAACCAUACAAAUGCCAGCACUGUGAUAAGAAGUUUGCUCGAAGAGCAGGAUGCACUGCUCAUGAAAAAACUCAUGCAAAAGAGAAUUCAUACAAAUGUCAGUACUGUGACAAAAAAAUGACUACAAAACGAUCUUGCAAUAAUCAUGAAAAAAUUCACACUGGAGAAAAACCAUACAAAUGCCAGUACUGUGAUAAGAGGUUUAUCCAAAAACAAAAUUGUCGUCUUCAUGAAAGAAACCACACUGGAGAGCAACAAUACAAAUGCCAGUAUUGUGAUAAGGCAUUUACUCACAAACUGUCAUGUACCCUUCAUGAAAGAACUCACACUGGAGAGAAACCAUACAAAUGCAAGUAUUGUGAUAAGACAUUUUCUCAAAGAAGGUAUUGCAUUUCACAUGAAAGAAUUCACACUGGUGAGAAACCAUUCAAAUGUCAGUACUGUGACAAGGCAUUUGCUCAUAGAAGUUCCUGUACUGGUCAUGAAGAAACUCACUCUGGAGAAAGGCCAUUCAAAUGCCAGUUUUGCGAUGAGACAUUUACUCGGACAUGCCUCCGCGCUGGUCAUGAAAGAACUCACUCAGGAGUGAAACUGUACAAAUGUGAAAACUGCGACAAAGGAUUUACUGAUAUAAAUAAAUUUGAUUCUCAUCAGGUUAGUUACUGUGAGGAGAAACCAUACAGUUGUAAGUUCUGUCACAAGAUAUUUGUCAGCAGAAAUGCAUGUGAUCUACAUGAAAAAGAUCACACAAUAGCACAUGGACCUUGUGAUACAGGAGUGGACUAUGGUAAAAAUGUAGGCUGUCCUGAUAGUGAUGGGAUAUCCCAUAAAGUGGUUAAAAGAGAAAAUGUAGGCUGUCCUGAUAAUGAUGGGAUAUCCCAUAAAGUGGUCAAAAGAGAAAAUGAGGAUUUUGCCCCUGAAAGAGGGCAGGCAUUUCCUGUUGCUUUGUUUAAAAAUGUUUUUUCAGUGAUUCAGGAAAAAAAGCCUGAAGCAUCAUAAAUAGAAUAUUGUGUUAAAAUCUUAAAUAGACAUAGAAAUAAUUUAUUAAUUAUGAAUUUUUGUGUUUGUCAUGAUGCUAGUGUUUUUUGCUAAAUGAAAAAUUUUAAUUUUUUUUGUAUGUUUACAAGUAAUAAUAAUAAAUAAAUCAAUAAUGUUAAUAUUAUAAUAAGUGUCAUUAUUGUAAUUAUAAACAAGUCACAUGUAGUAGUGAUAUAUGUUAGUUGAACUUGAGAUCAAUUAGUAGCACAUUAUAUUACUGUCAUUUAGGUAAAUGUUAUUAUAGAAUACUGUUAUCUAGAAGAAUGGAUUUUAUUGUAUCUUAUUCACAAGCAUGUUCUAGCUGGCAAAACUACAAAUUUGCAUAAAUAUAUAAGAAUGUGACAUUUUAUUUUAAUACAAAACUCUAGACAACUACAUGCAUGGUUGCUAUAAUUAGGAAUGAUAUUGUGCAAGCUGCUAAUGCACAUACCUUUUCUUCAAGCAAUUAUUAAGUAAAUGAAAUAAUAAUAGCUUUGUUUCACCAGGGAUAAACUGGUGCCAGUUGAGUACACUCUGUAUGUCAUCUGAGAGAGACUUUUAUCCACAAUGUCCUUGGACAACUGAUAAUGAAGUAUUGAAAUUAUCAACCAUACUGUAAUAAUUAAAUGCAAAAUAGCGAACCAAUAAAGAUAUUAAUAAGAAUAAUUAUCUUAAGCAAAGUCCAAUACAACUUUAAAAAAAUAUUACAUUGUUAAGUCUACAUUUAAGAAACAAUUAAAGCUUAUAUAUUUAUUUAUGGCUUUUUUGUCUUUCAUAUUUUAUUAGCAGUAUUUUCUCAGUCCACAGUGCAAAUGAUGCACGUUCUGCCUUGGUAAAUUGCGCAUUUUUGUUUCUGCUUCCCUAACAUGUAAUGAACUCUGCGAAAAUAAAGCCAACUUUGGA